CUGGCCCGCGCUUCCCGUAGCGGCUGCUCCUCGUGUGGGUUCCGGUUCCAGGUGGCGGCCGCGUCCUGAGCAGGGUCGCGGAGCGGGCAAGCAUGGGACAUGGAAGUGAACACGGCCAUGGCCAUGGCCAUGACAAAGUGGAACUCCCUGACUACAGGCAGUGGAAGGUGGAGGGAACUCCACUGGAGGAGGUGCAGAGAAGGCUGGCUAAACGGGGUCUGAGGGAUCCGUGGGCUCGUAAUGAAGUCUGGAGAUAUAUGGGUGGCUUUGCAAGACCUAUCACCGUAACAGAAGUCUUUACUAGGGGACUCAAGUGGGGAGUUGCAGCUUUUGUCAUAGCUCUGGGCAUUGAAUAUGCACUGUUUCCUCCAAAGAAGAACGGAGGCCAUCACUGAAGAUCAAAUGUGACAACUUAAUACUUACUAAUCAUAAGCUGAAGCAUACAUAAGCCUGCUGCUCACUCUGUACUUAUAAUAUGCAUAUUAAAGUCUGUCACAGGCAAA